UACAACUGCCACUCCCCAUAACACGACCAAUUAAAGCCAUUACUGACAAGACAAAGUUGCCUAUCUUUAGCGUUUGGGAACGGGAAAACUUUAAACGAGCCGCUAUGUGUUUGUAGUCAAGAUACAUUUUAUUAAACCUAGUAGAAAAUGUUCAGGCUUGAUUGGUGACCCACGGGGGUCCUUCCGUAAAACCAAAUUUCAAGAAACCGCCUCUUUUCACUCUAAAUAUAGGCUUUAGUUACACGACCUGUACUUAAGCGAUAGUACCGUUUUAACGGCGGAUAUGGGAUUCUGCUGAAUUACAGCUUUUCCGGAGGGGAUAUUUGGACUACCGGAGAAAGGAGCUAUAGUAGGAUGCUACAAAAUGACUUGAUAUUUGACUUCUGUGCGGCUCCAGUCAAUUCAAGAUACUGUCUGACAGCUUUGGCAAAUAACAGUUACCGUGCACAAGGGGGUUUGGAGACAUUUAUCAGCAAAACCUCCAGGUGCUAAAGCCAAAUCCACAGCUAACGUGAAAACGCGAGCACCAUUUCCGGGCUCGUGACAUCGGCUAUAGUGGAGCUGGACGUCGGUGUGAAGGACGCGGGGAGCGGAGCGGUGUCUGUUACACUACCUGGGCUGGUGGACGACAUGGCUACGGGAAAGGGAGCAGGGAAGCCCGCCUCGCUAUGGGACAGUAUGCGGAUACGGUUCAUAAUUUGCUUCCUCGGAGUCUUUGUGUGUUACUUUUAUUACGGAAUACUGCAAGAGACAAUCACUCGAGGUGAUUAUGGCCAAGGAGACAAGAAGGAGAAGUUCAGAUUCGCCCGGACGCUGGUCUUCAUCCAGUGCAUUAUCAAUGCUUUGUUUGCUAAGCUCUUGAUCCAUUUUUUUGAGGGCUCCAAGCUGGAUCAUACCAAGAGCUGGCUCUAUGGGUUAUGUUCCCUCUCUUACCUUGGGGCCAUGGUGUCCAGUAACUCUGCCCUUCUGUAUGUCAGCUACCCCACGCAGGUGUUGGGGAAAUCCUGCAAGCCCAUACCAGUGAUGAUCCUUGGUGUUACAUUACUGAGGAAAAAGUAUCCAUUCGCUAAGUACUUGUGUGUACUGCUGAUUGUGAGUGGUGUGGCUCUCUUCCUCUACAACCCCAACAAGGUCUCAGCUUUGGCCGACGACCACGUUUUUGGGUUUGGGGAAACUCUGCUGCUUGUAUCUCUGACACUGGAUGGUUUGACUGGUGUGGCCCAGGACCACAUGAGGGCUCGCUUCCAGACGAGCGCCAACCACAUGAUGCUGAACAUCAACUUGUGGUCCACUCUGGUGCUGGGGCUAGCUGUGCUGUGGACAGGGGAGGUAUGGGAGUUCCUGAGUUUCACUGAACGCCACCCAAACAUCUUCUACAACAUUCUUCUGUUUGGACUAACCAGUGCUUUAGGCCAGACCUUCAUCUUUAUGACGGUGGUAUACUUUGGGCCUUUGACCUGCUCCAUCGUCACCACCACGAGGAAGUUCUUCACCAUCCUUGGCUCUGUUAUUCUGUUUGGCAACGUCAUGACUAUGAUGCAGUGGGUUGGCACCAUCCUAGUUUUCCUUGGUCUCGGAUUGGAUGCUAAAUUUGGCAAAACCCCCAAGAAGACAACACACUAAAACAUCUGGAGUACUUGAGAGAGAGAGAGAGAGAGAGAGACAAACAUAGCAGAACAAAUGCAAACACUUUAUAGCAAGUAUCUUAUUUUCAUACAACAUCCUCUACAAGCUAAUGUGUGUGCCUCUGAUUUGUUCAAGUACAGUCAGAUUUUUAACAUAACUGUAUUUUAUAGAUACUGUAGUUGUGGUA